CAGAGACCACCAUUAAUCGACCAUGGCGGGAGGCGACAACAAGGCGGAGGCGGGGGUGCGCGUGCUGGGCGGGAGGAUGAGCCCGUUCACAAUGCGGGCGCGCAUGGCGCUGGAGCUGCGCGGGGUCGCGUACGAGCUCCUGGAGGAGAGUUUCGAGCCCCGCAAGAGCGACCGCCUCCUCGCCGCCAACCCCGUCUACAAGAAGAUCCCCGUCCUGCUCCUCCCCGACGGCCGCGCGGUCUGCGAGUCUGCCGUCAUCGCGCAAUACGUCGACGAGGCCUGGCCUGCGGCCGCUGGAGCCGGCGGCGCGCCCUUGCUGCCCGAGGACCCCUACCAGCGCGCGAUGCACCGCUUCUGGACCGCGUUCGUCGACGACAAGUUCUGGCCGGCGCUCGACGGCGCCUCCCUGGCGCCCACCCCGGAGGCACGCGCCGAGGCCGGCACCGAGGCCCGUGCGGCGCUGCGGCACCUCGAGGAGGCCUUCGCCGCGCUCAGCAACGGUGGGACCUUCUUCUCCGGCGCGGCGCCGGGGCUCCUGGAUAUCGCGCUGGGUUGCUUCCUGCCGGCGCUCAGGGCCUGGGAGCGCCUCAGCGGCGCCGUCCUGCUGGACGAGGCUGCCACGCCGCUCCUCAAGAAGUGGAGCAACAGGUUCGCGGACGUCCACGCAGUCAAGGCGCUCCUACCGGAGACGGACGAGGUUGUUGGCUUCACAAAAUUCCUGCAGGCCAAGUUCGGCGUCGUGGGCGCAAAUUAAUAGUCAGCGCCGCCAAGUAUCUUACUGCUUAUGUAUGUUUUUUUCCUUAAAAGCAUAGUACAAACGCACGCGCUGCAUUAGAGGUGUGUGCAUAUGUAUGUUGGUCAUGUACCAGUAUUUUCUUUUGAUUAAGAUUUAUGUGGCUCGUUCUUUUUUUAUUCUAUCAAUAUAUAUUUUUAACUUA